UGAUCACUUUAUUGGGAAGUAGUGCUUCCAAUUUUUUUCUCACCAUACAAGGGCCCCCCAUUCAAUGAUCAAAGCCGAUACACAAAUUAUUUCAAUUCUUUUUGCUGUUAUUUCUUCAUUGUUUCAUCCACCAAUCAUUCUUGCCAAUAAUAAUAAUAACAACGCUUAAACCUCUUUACCACCAUGCCAUCGCCAAUGUGGACCAAAAAAUCCAAUAAUCGCUCCGCCAUCAUGUCGCCACGCCAGAUUGCCAACAAGGCACAUACUUUGGCGUAUAAGAAACUGGAUCGUGACGAAAAAAGGAGUCAUCCCCGUUAUACGAUCCGCGAGCGACUGUUACUGUGGAAUACCAUUUCCGAAGCCGAAGCCCUUCUCAAUAAGCGUACUUACCGAGCCAAUCGUCGUGUGCUGGCCGCCGAAGAUGAUGAGCCGGGCGCUGUUCCUGAACCUCAAUCCAUUCAUCCCUACCAUCACUACGAACCCGAACAUCACUCGCCCCUGAGAUCCAGUGAAACCACCGACAUGGAAACCGACGAGAUCAUCGAACCAGAAAAGGAGCCUUCAACGAUCGUCUCCACCACUCCAUCGACUCCAGAAGAACCCACCCUUCCCAAACCGAUCCAGCCCCUUUUGUCUACACCAUCCGUAUUCGUCGCCGCCAAGCCUUCGUCGGAUGUCAACCUACCUUUCUUCCUAUUGGACUCUGCCUCGUCGAUUCUACCUCGCGAUUGCAGACUCAUCAUGACCCAUACCAUUGCCGCACCUCACAUCGCGGCCAUCAUCUAACCAUAUUCCAUAACUAUUUAUUUUUUUUCCUUGUCGCAUUUUGCAUCCAAUCCACUGCAUCAAUAAACUUUUCUUCACUGG